CCGUUAAAUACCGGUCUAGUCAUGACGGCGCUGGAGUUCGAGGAUGGGUCGGUUGGUUUUAGGCAGAAAAUAGUUUUGUCUAUACUUUCAAGUCAACCUAUCCAUAUCAAGAACAUUCGACAUAAGAGCAAAGAGCCGGGUAUCAGACCAUCCGAGUUGGACCUUCUGAAACUUAUUAGUGAAAUAAGUAACGGUGUGAUCGUGAAAUUAAACGAUACUGGUUGCGAUGUUUUCUUUUCUCCUGGAACUCUCAUUGGUGGGGAAGUGGAGUUCACUUGUUCUACGGAACGUGGUUUAGGGUACUACUUAGAACCUAUUGUCCUGCUUUCUUCCUUUACAAAGGUCUCAAUGAUUCUAACUCUAAAUGGCAUAACUAACAAUCUCAUCGAUCCAUCAGUUGACGUCGUUACGCAGAGUUGGUUGCCUUUUCUAAAGAAGUUCCUUCCUCCUGCCUCUGCAUCUAGCCUGAAAAUCGUUAUAAAGAAAAGAGGUGUGGCACCAAAGGGUGGCGGACGAAUCAUAUUCACCUCCAAGCCCGCCACUUUUCUCUCUCCCAUUCAGCUCAUUAUUCCUGGAAAAGUUUAUAGGCAAGAUGGUCUUAUUGACCUUGACUUACACCACCUUUCUAGGGUCCGCGGUGUUGCAUGGGCGUGUCUUGUUAGUCCAGGAAUUGCUUCGCAGUUAAUGUACGGUGCCAAGAAGCUUCUUAAUUCGUUUCUCAGUGACGUAUACAUAAAUAUUGACCACCGGAAGAGAGGAGUUGGAGGUGAAAGUUCGGGCUUUGGUAUGAUUCUGUGGGCAGAGACAAAGGAGGGCGUCUUUUACACUGCCGAGGUAUGCAGUGCUGCUGAGAGCGAUACUGCAGUCUCCGUUGUCCCUACCAUUCCUUCGGAACUCGGUUUUGAAGCUGCAUCUCGGUUGUUAAAUCAAGUAUACCUUGGUGGUUGUGUGGAUGAGUCAUUGCAGUCACUGGCACUGUCACUGAUGGCCCUUGAAGGGGGUCGAAACGCUAGCCAACUGCUCAUCUCCGAACCCACGCCCCACACUAUCCAGACCCUUCGCCUCUUGCAUAAAAUUAUGGAGGUGACGUUUGAUCUCACCUACAUCGACAGGGUGAAAUUGAACGAGAAGAAAGAGGAAGGAGGGGCAAAUGAGAGUGCAGGAAUAGGAUUGCAGAAGGAGAAAGUUAAUCCAAUGAACGCUAGGGAAGAGGGUGAAGAAUCAUCCGCUGAGUGUCCUGUUCCUCUCGUGGCAAUCUGUUUCGGGUCGGGUCUGAAGAACAUUAAUCUGUCUGUCAGAUGA